CCGCUUGUGUUGGCGUCGUCUCCAUAAACCCUCGCGAGAAGGUUUUACUGGGGAAGCGGCCGGCAAAUGGCCGUCGACAAGGCCGUUGCCGCUCCCUCCUCCUCCUCCCCUUCUCCCGUCUACCGCUUCCAGAGGGUCGUCCUCGGUUGGGACUACCUCCGCCUCGUCAGAGAAUCCGGCAAGAAGAACAGGAAAGACCGGAAUGAAUCCACUUCGAGGCUGAAGCGCGUCAAGAACACAUUCAAGGACGUCGAGGAGUACCUCGGCAUCUUCGAGCCCCUUCUCUUCGAAGAGGUCAAGGCUCAGAUCGUCCAAGGCAACGAUGACGAAGAUAAAUCGGACUGGCAGAAGGGCGCCAUCGCUUCUUGCAAUGAGACCGAUGGAUUUCAUAGGGUUUCGUUGGCAGUUCUCGAUGAUUUCCGAGGAGAAGUGUCGGAGAAUGAUCUCUUGCUCCUUUCGAAGAGCAAGUUCCAAGAGGGAAUAGCACCGGAUGCUUAUGCAUUUGCCUUGGUGGAACAUCGCGGAGGAAGAGAAACUCUUGCAGUCCGAACCUUCGUUGCUGGAGAGGUCAAGCGUUUGGAUACAGCUGAACCUGAACCUAGCCAAAGGCUGUUGAAGAUGUUUGCUAUUUUUAAAGCUACUGAGAGUUUCUUAUGGAUUUUAAAAAUAUGCAGUUUAUCAACAAUCAUUCGUGAAUAUGUGGCGCUGCAUUCUAUUUCUUCUCUUCCCUUCAGGGGAUUGAUAUUGUCAGCUAGUGAAAAGCCAGACAAUGAUGAAGAUCGGUCUUGGAAUGUUCCUAGACCACUUAUGGACAACCUCAAAAACAAUCUCAAUCAGUCACAAGUAGAAGCCAUACAUGCAGGACUUUCACGUAGAACUUUUGUUCUAAUACAGGGUCCACCAGGAACUGGAAAAACACAGACAAUUCUUGGACUUCUCAGUGCUGUUCUUCAUUCAUCUCCUGGAAGAGUGCGAUCAAAGGGGGGUUUGUCUGCUGUAAAACACAUGCCUGAACUGCAAAUUGAGGAAAAGUGUUGUCACUGGAAGAAAGCAUCUCCCUGGUUGUCUGGUGCUAAUCCAAGAGAUCUAAUCAUGCCUGUAGAUGGUGAUGAUGGUUUUUAUCCUACAGGAAAUGAAUUGAAACCUGAGAUUGUCAAUUCUAACCGCAAAUAUCGGGUACAUGUCCUGGUUUGUGCUCCAUCGAACUCAGCACUUGAUGAGAUAGUAUUGCGCCUUUUACAUACAGGUAUCCAUGAUGAGAAUGGCCAUAUAUAUAAUCCCAAAAUUGUCCGAAUUGGUCUAAAAGCACAUCAUUCCGUGCAAGCAGUAUCAAUGGAUUACCUUGUAGAACAAAAGCGUGCUGGUGUAGAUCGCACUGGUGUGGGGAAACAUGGAUCUGGAGGGGCAGCUGAUCGGGAUCGUAUUCGUGCUUCAAUUCUUGAUGAAGCAGCAAUUGUUUUUUCUACUCUUAGUUUUAGCGGAUCAGCUCAUUUCAGUAGGAUGAAUCGUGUGUUUGAUGUUGUUAUAAUUGAUGAAGCUGCACAAGCUGUAGAACCAGCAACUCUUGUUCCUCUGGUGCAUGGAUGCAGACAAGUUUUUCUUGUUGGUGAUCCCAUUCAGCUGCCGGCUACUGUAAUUUCUACGACUGCUGAGCACUUUGGAUAUGGUACGAGUCUGUUUAAGAGAUUUCAGGAGGCUGGAUUUCCUGUACAUAUGCUCAAAACCCAAUAUCGCAUGCAUCCAGAGAUUAGCAUCUUUCCCUCGAAAGAAUUUUAUGGUGGUUCUUUAGAAGAUGGAGAAACAGUCAAAAGAGUGCGUCCUUGGCAUUUGCACCGCUGCUUUGGACCAUUUUAUUUUUUUGAUAUAGAUGGAGCUGAAACUCAGCCAUCAGGAAGUGGUUCUUGGGUGAAUGAAGAAGAGAUUGAGUUUAUAGUUCUUAUGUAUCAUAAACUGGCUACUUAUUACCCAGAGCUGAGAGCCAGUCCUCAGGUGGCAGUCAUUUCUCCGUACAGCUAUCAAGUUAAGCUUUUGCGGGAACACUUUCGUGCCACUUUUGGAGAGCAAUCUGAUCAAAUUGUAGAUAUAAAUACUGUUGAUGGGUUCCAGGGACGAGAAAAAGAUAUUGCCAUAUUUUCUUGUGUUCGAGCAAAUACUGGUAAAGGGAUCGGGUUUGUUUCUGAUUUUCGAAGAAUGAAUGUUGGCUUAACCAGAGCCAAGUCUUCCGUGCUGGUGGUGGGAUCUGCUUCAACCUUGAUGCAAGACAAUCAUUGGAGUAAUCUUGUGACGAAUGCAAAAGAUAGAAAUUGCUAUGCCAAGGUAACGAAGCCCUAUACAGCAUUCUUUAGCGACGAUAGCUUGCAGAAAAUGCAAGUUGAUCUUGCACAACAGAAGAGGGAUCUGAAGAAGGCUCAAACGAUAAAUGCUGUGCAUGACGAAAUGGCAAAAAUGGAAAACACCGUCUUGAAUAAUCCUGAAGAAAAUGCGGGAGAUUAUGGUAUGGACGAUGAUGGUGGAGGCUUUGACGAGGAUUAGAAACGGGCUUUCGUGAAUUGUCAAACAUAUAUGCAAUGUUCAGGUGGGAGAAUUAAUCAUGUCCUAUGGUGUGAUGUUGAGUGGAACUCAGACUGCUGUUUGUUUCAUCUGACAAUUAGGUUGAUGCUGGUUUGUCUAGCUUGCAUUUGUGGCCAGUAAGAUCAUUAGUCUCAUGUCGUGAUGGGUCAUUUUUUGUGGUUGAUUAUUUUUAUGAGACAUAUUGUUAUGUUAACACCAUUGCAACCCA